GUCUACGUUUCAUUUCCUGGGGGCUUGCCAAGUGAUAAACAGACCCAGGCGUGUGUGGUAGAUUUGGGUUUUUUUAGCACGAAGUGGGUGGCUGGGGUUUGCUUGAAAACAUCGACUUUGGGAUCAUUACGGAAAUGCUGGUGUAAGGUGUUCAGAAGACAAUGGAGAAAAAAUGGAAAUACUGUGCUGUCUAUUACAUCAUCCAGAUACAUUUCGUCAAGGGAGUUUGGGGAAAACCAUUCAACACAGAAGAAACCAUUUAUGCUACACUUGGCUCUGAUGUCAACCUGACCUGCCAAACACAGGCGAUAGGCUUCUUGGUGCAGAUGCAAUGGUCCAAGGUCACUGAUAAGGCAGACCUGAUUGCUCUUUAUCAUCCCCAAUAUGGCUUCCACUGUGCCUAUGGGAGUCCCUGUGAGUCACUGGUGACCUUCACAGAAACUCCUGAGAAUGGGUCAAAAUGGACUCUGCACUUAAGGAAUAUGUCUUCUUCAGUCAGCGGAAGGUACGAGUGUAUGCUUACUCUGUAUCCAGAGGGCAUGCAGACUAAAAUCUACAACCUUCUCAUUCAGACACACGUUACACCAGAUGAGUGGAAAAGCAACCAUACAAUCGAAAUAGAGAUAAAUCAGACUCUGGAAAUACCAUGCUUUCAAAAGAGCUCUUCAGAAAUUUCAUCUGAGUUCACCUAUGCAUGGUUGGUGGAGGAUAAUGGAACUCAGCAAACACUUAUAUCCCAAGAUCACCUCAUCAGCAGUUCCACAUUACUUAAAGAUAGAGUCAAGGUUGGUACAGACUACAGACUCCACCUCUCUCCAGUCCAAAUCUUCGAUGACGGGCGGAAGUUCUCUUGCCACAUUAGAGUCGGUCGUGACAAAAUCUUGAGGAGCUCUACCACAGUCAAGGUUUUUGCUAAACCGGAAAUCCCCAUGAUUGUGGAAAAUAACUCCACGGAUGUCUUGGUAGAGAGAACAUUUACCUGCUUACUAAAGAAUGUAUUUCCCAAAGCAAAUAUCACAUGGUUUAUAGAUGGAAGUUUUCUUCAUGAUGAAAAAGAAGGAAUAUAUAUUACUAAUGAAGAGAGAAAAGACAAAGAUGGAUUUCUGGAACUGAAGUCUGUUUUAACAAGGGUACAUAGUAAUAAACCAGCCCAAUCAGACAACUUGACCAUUUGGUGUAUGGCUCUGUCUCCAGUCCCAGGAAAUAAAGUGUGGAACACCUCGUCAGAAAAGAUCACUUUUCUCUUAGGUUCUGAAAUGUCCACAACAGACCCUCCACCGACUGUUAUAGAAUCUGCCCUUGACACUCAACCUUCUCCAGCCAGCAGCGUUUCUCCUACAAGAUAUCCAGCUACAUCUUCAGUGACCCUUGUAGAUGUGAGUGCCUUGAGGCCAAAUACUACUUCUCAAUCCAGCAGUUCCAGUGUGACUACCCGAGACUUCAACUACCCCUGGACCUCCAGUGGGACAGAUGCCAAAAAAUGCACGUUCAGGCCAGCAACAGCAUUUUCACGGAUACCUAGUGAAACAUACAGUUCAUCCCCCUCAGGUGCAGGCUCAACACUUCAUGACAAUGUCUUUACCAGCACAACCAGAGCAUUUUCAGAAGUCCCCACAACUGCCAAUGGAUCUACGAUAACUAAUCACAUCCAUAUCACUGGUAUUGUGGUCAGUAAGCCCAAAGAUGGAAUGUCCUGGCCAGUGAUAGUAGCAGCUUUACUCUUUUGCUGCAUGAUAUUGUUUGGUCUUGGAGUGAGAAAAUGGUGUCAAUACCAAAAAGAAAUCAUGGAAAGACCUCCACCUUUCAAGCCACCACCCCCUCCUAUCAAGUACACUUGCAUUCAAGAGCCCAACGAAAGUGAUCUGCCUUAUCAUGAGAUGGAGACCCUCUAGUCUCGUGAGACUUUGCCCCAUGGCAGAACUCUGCUGGAAUCCUAUUGAGAAGGUGGACAUUGUGCUUUAUUAAUAUAGUCGCUCUUCAGCCACGCCUUUGCUGCAGCUGAAAUGGAAGUCAGAAGUGAGUGACCUGUUUUCCCAGCAACUCACCCCCCUUCAUCUCCAAAUGCCUGAAGCUUAACCAAGAGUGAGAGGAUAUGUCAUGUUCACACUCAAUGCAAUUUGUAGUGGUUUUCUUGCUUAUGUAAGAAGUACACAUUAGGCUGCCAUCAUCAAAAAAAUACAGUAUUUUCAUUUAAAUUCUCUGAGGGAGGGACAACAAUGGUUUCAAGUGUAUGCCUAUGCCUGAUCCUCUUAUUUGAACAUCUAUCAACAUUGUAAACUCUUUGCCAAAAUCCUGGGGCUUUGUUGCAUUCCCUAAGAUAAUCAUUAUAGGAAAAAGAAUAUGUAAAAGUUCUAACGAGGCUGCCAAGUAAUGGAGAAGUAUUGUUAGUCUUCAUAUUGAAAUUCUGUUGUUUAUUUUCAUGGACAGAAAACAGAAACUUUGCACAGGAACCACAUUUGCAAUCCUCCUUCACUGUAUUCCCACCAUGUUCAGCCCAGACUCCUGCCAUGUGGACCAGGAUGAAGAGGGAUCAAACAGAUAAUUAGCCAACAACCAAGUAACCUAGAAGAUAUAAAACUCCACUGGCCUCUAAAAUUAUAUUAGCCAAGAGUGGUUUCAUCUGAGUGCCUUCGUGUGUAUGUCCAUCAAACUGGUACCAAACUGUUUUGUAAGUAAACAGGCAGCCUACGUCCAACCCUACUCAUCUAAUUCCUGUUUUUCUCUUUUUCAUCUGGGGACUUUCCUGUUUGUUUAACCUGCCUGUUUUGAUCUGUUUUGAAAAAGAGAAAUAGCCUUAAAUCAGAUCAGCACUGAUUAAUUGACCCUGCUCCUACCAAUCUUUUACAGAACAGUUGAAGCAGAAUGUGCAGGUGUCAGAGAAGAAAUCUAGUCAGCCAGACGUGUUCUGUAUUCAGCAACAGUUUGUGAGGGAAUAAAUGACUAAUCCUCCUCGUCUCUUGAAACCUUCCCACACUCCCUGCUCCAGGAGGGAAAAACAGAUGUUGUUGACAGAUAGUGAUAGGCAAAUUCUGUGUGGACUUUAGUCUCAAAAGGAAACUUCCGUUCACUUGCAGUAUGCUUAUCCCUGACUGCACAUGAGAAUACCUUGUGCAGAGUUAUUUGGAGAUUAUGUCUUUUUCUUAAAUACCAUGGUUGUCACACUUCAGUUUAAUUAAAUCAGAAUGUCUGAGGAGUGAGGCAUAGGCAUCAGCACUCUCAGAUGAUUCACAUGUUCAGCAAAGUUGAGAACCAUCGAGCCAGUGGAAGUUCUUUCUCAUCACUCAGAAUCUUAGGUAGGUGCUUAACUCUUGUGGUGGCCAGCCUCCAAGAUGAGCCCCAAUGUUUGUGCCUCCUACUAUUCACACCCUUAUACAGUUCCCUCUGAUGCUGAAUACGAUGAUUUGUAUAACCUGGGGCCAGGAUUAAGGUGAGGCAAUCAAUGUAUCUAGGGAAAAAAAUUUAAGGAGGUAUUCACACUCAGGGUCAUGCACUUGCACAAUGUUGAGAUGGAGUACCAGUCUCAUCCUUGGUAUAGCCAAAAAAGCUUAGAAAUGACCAAGGCUAGGUCACAAAAUAUACUGUGGCUUCCACUUUGAUCUCUCUUUGACCACUGACACUGGGAAAAGUCCAUUCCCAUGCCAUGAAGACACCCAGGCCGUCCUAUUGAGAAAUCUACCUGUCAAGGAACUGAGGUAUUUUGCUAAUAAGCACCAACUUGCCAGCCAUGUAAGGGAGCCAUCUUGGAAGCAGAUUCUCCAGCCUCCGGUCAAGUCUUCAGAUAAUUGCAACUUCAACUGAUCUUUUGACCAAGACCUAAAGAGAGCCAGAACUACCCAGCUAAGCCUUUUUCUAAACUUCUGAACUUCUAACACUAUAAAAUAAUAAGUGCUUGUUGUUUAACACGAUUAAUUUUGAGUAUAAUUUGUUAUAUAGCAAUAGAUUACUGAAAUACAGCUCAACAACUAGAAAAAUAAACGGUUUACCUGCCUUAA